UUGACUGUUGACCCAUUCUCCGCAAUAACAUGUCCAUUGUUCUCUGUAUAUAUGACUUUCCGAGACAUAUUCACAUGAUUAUGCAGUUAAACAUUAAUUUGCUUUGUUUUCUAGUAGUACUUCUCAAGCUUUCUUGGGUUGUUUCUUCUGGACCACCAUGGCUGAUUUUGGGGAGAUUUUAGAAGCUGUAGGAGACUUUGGGCUUUUCCAAAAGCUUCUCUUGUUUGCUUUGUGCUUUCCAAAUCUCAUUCUGCCUUUUCAGUUAUCCAGCCUUGUCUUCAACCACGCAGACACAAACCACCAUUGCAACAUUGACUGGAUCCUUCAGGUGGGUCCCAAUCUGACGAAGGAAGAGCAGCUCAAUCUGACUCUGCCCAGGCUCCCGGAUGGCUCGUUCAGUCCCUGUCAGAUGUAUGUGCCCGUGGAUUGGGAUCUGUCUGCUAUCCAGGAAUACGGCCUAAACAAAACCACCACUUGCACUGAUGGAUGGGUGCAUAAUGAUACCAUUUAUGAGGCAACUAUUGUCACCGAUUUCGAUCUUGUAUGUGACAAUGUAAAUUUGUUUCGGGGAGCACAGACAAUAUUCCUCGCUGGGGUACUAGUUGGAGCUGUACUUUUUGGGCCCUUUUCAGAAUCGUUUGGUCGCAAGCGAGCUACACAGAUACCUAUGGUGCUCAUGCUAAUAUUCACAGUCGUGACUGGUCUUGCUCCAAACUUUUAUGUGUACCUUGCAUCACAGUUCAUUGUUGGUAUUGCUCUUGGAGGAUUUCGGAUCAACAGCAUUAUCCUUGCCACCGAGUGGAUUGGAGUCGCUCAGAGAUCCUAUGCAGCCUGUCUGAGUCAAGUCCUGGCCGCUUUGGGCCAGGUCAUGUUUCUUGCCGUUGUUUAUUAUGUCAGGGACUGGAGACUGGACCAGUUUAUAAUGUCUGGACCACUUGCAUUUGUGGUCAUCUACAUAUGGUUUAUUCCAGAGUCUGCCAGAUGGCUUCUUGUUCGCGGAAGAACUAAAGAUGCUGAAGAACUCAUCAGAGCAGCGGCGAUCAACAAACGUACAGUUCCAGACUCAUUAGUGGAGAAGGUCCUAAAUGAAAAGCCUGUUGAAAGGGGAGGUAUCAAAACCCUUUUUGCUUCCCAUGUGCUCAGGAAAUAUUUCUUAACCAUUACUUUUGCGUGGUGUGCACUAAACCUAGCGUACUACAGCCUAUCUCUGAAUGUGGGGAAGUUUGGCCUUAAUAUUUUUCUCAAUCAACUCAUAUUCGGCCUCUCUGAGAUUCCUGUCCACUUCCUCUGCAUGUGGUCUUUGGAAACGGCUGGAAGGAAGGUCUCUCUGAUGGGUGCCCUCAUAGUAGGAGGGUCCCUCUGUCUCCUGACACUUGCGGUUCCACAAAGUAAUUUCAUCGCCAUUGCUGCUCUUGCCACUUGUGGAAGAUUUCUCAUGAAUGGCGCAGGCAGUAUUUGCAACGUUUAUAUUCAAGAACUCUUCCCCACCUCCAUUCGUCAGACAGCCAUGGGCCUGGGCUCCACUGCUGCACGAGUCGCAAGUAUGUUGGCUCCUGUGGUGAACAUGCUGGAGGUCUACCACUUCACUAUUCCCACUCUGGUGUUAGGCAGCCUGGCACUAGCAAGUGGGAUAAUGGCCUUCCUGCUUCCUGAGACCAGACGCACUGAGCUGCCUGGUUCAACAGAGGAGGCAGAGGGCAAGAGGCAACCAAAAAUGGCUUACUCUGGACCUGGAGACUGUGAAGACAUAGCAACCAAGUUAUAACCUUGUCUUUGUGGCUAGUGUUAUUAUUCUGUUUAACGGUUUACAUUGUAGUGAUAUGUAGAAAUAACAAUCAGAUUUAAUUUCUGCAGUUUAACAAAAAGAUGAGUGGAUUCAGUCUUCUAUAUGUAAAAUAAUAUGCAAUAAACCUCAUUUGAAU